AUGGAAACAGCAAAGAAAGAAACCUUGAAUCUGCGUGCGACAGCAAAAUGGCACGAAGGGCAAGCAGUCUCUAGCAUGUCCGGAGGCCUGAUUAGGAAACAGAGAGAGAGCGACAUCAGGGACGAGAUCCGGCUGCAAUCAGAAGAGCUGAAGGUGCGGAGGAAACAGCAGAUGCUCGAGCUCUACAAUCGGGAAUCAGAAGCAUUCGAGCGCGAACUGAAUGAAUUGGGACUUGCUCGAGCGAUGCCAGAGAUUUGA